CGUCACCACCACCACCACCACAGAGAGACUGGAGCAGCAAACUCAACCUCGGUUUGACACAGAGCACAACACAAACACGCACAGAAAGGGCGCGACAGGAGCGCAGGAGCCAAGCCAUGUUACAUUAACAGCAACGGGAGGCGGAGGGGGGAUCUGCGGCAGACUCGUCGCUCGGGGAAUGUCCUUCAUGCUGCAGCUCCUGAGGAGAGAAUGAAGCGCAAAAGCGAGAAGAGGCGAACCGAGUCGAGGAAAAAACGCCGUGCAUCCCACAGCAGCUCAGAGGCGGAGCCAAACUCUGAUAUUUACAUUGAGAUAACAGAUCAGCUGUAUUUUGCAAUACUUCAGCAAAAGAUCAAGACCACAGCUGACCGUCACUGUUUCUGCAUAGAUGAAGAGCUGGCAUAUGAGAACUUCUAUGCGGACUUUGGUCCCCUUAACCUGGCCAUGUUUUAUCGCUUCUGUUGCAAGCUGACAAAGAAGCUCAAGUCAAUUACACUCACAAGGAAGAAGAUCAUUUUUUAUACCUGUGGGGAUCAGAAAAAACAAGCCAACGCUGCCUACCUAAUAGGCUCAUAUGGAGUAAUGCACCUGAAUAUGACACCAGAGGAAGCCCACAGUCUACUGGUAUCAAGAAAUUCAACUUAUAUUCCAUUCAGGGACGCGUCCUUUGGAACCUGCAUGUACAACCUGGACAUUCUGGAUUGCCUGCGUGGUGUUCACAAAGCUCUGCAGUACGGCUGGCUUGACUUCUCAAACUUUGAUGUGGAAGAGUACGAGCACUACGAAAGGGCGGAGAACGGAGACUUUAACUGGAUCAUUCCUGGGAAGUUCCUCGCGUUCAGUGGGCCUCACCCAAAGAGCAAGAUAGAAAAUGGGUACCCUUUACAUGCUCCUGAGGCCUACAUCCCAUACUUCAGAAAACACAACAUCACUACAAUUGUCAGGCUUAACAAAAAGAUGUACGAUGCCAGACGUUUCACAGACUCUGGCUUUGAGCAUCACGACCUGUUCUUUGUGGACGGGAGCACGCCCAAUGACAUCAUCGUUAGAAAGUUCCUCAACAUCUGUGAGAACGCAGAGGGAGCUAUUGCGGUCCACUGCAAGGCUGGCCUGGGAAGAACCGGUACGCUAAUCGCCUGUUAUAUGAUGAAGCAUUACAGCCUGACUGCAGCAGAGGCCAUAGCAUGGAUACGGAUCUGCCGGCCAGGAUCCAUCAUUGGACCACAGCAGACCUUUGUAGAAGAGAAGCAGAACGGCCUCUGGGCACAGGGAGAUGUUUUCCGGGAGAAGAAACUGAAUGAGCGGGAGAACGGGAAGAUGGCUGUUACCAGGAUCCUGUCUGGAGUUGAUGACAUUACGAUCAAUGGCAGCAACAAGAACAGGCCAUCCAAGAAGGAAGAAAUAGAUCUGUACGAUGACAAAGACGAGAGAAACGGCCUAACGCAGGGGGAUAAACUACGAGCCCUGAAGAGCAAGAGGCAGGCCAGGUCGUCUUCAGGUUCUCUAUCGCAGGUGGUAGUGUUCUGCUGCAGCCUCAUGGGCACGGCGUGGCCAAUGUGUUGCCUGCCGUUCAAAAGGUAGCAGAGAGAGGCAGAGAGGGACAGUGGGGCAGAGAGAAAGGAUGUGAGGUUUUGUAUGAAGGAGGUAAGUGCACGUCACUUCCUUUUCAGCUUACAUCCUCUUCCUGUAGAGGCGGUUGCUAUGCCAAUAAGUGGUAUGGCUGAUCUUGUUUUUUUCUCUUUUCUUUCUUUGAAUUAUUAUGGUGUGAAGUGGAUAUGCACUUAGUGAAUGCGUUACAUUUACAUGGCUUUCAUCGUCUGCUUUGUGGACACACUGAGCUGUUCUGCUUUGAUAUUAAAGGCAUGCAAUCACUUGCAAAAGUUCUCAAACCCCUCAGCUGUUUAUCUGCAUUUUGUCACUUUACAGCCACUAACCUCAAUGUAUUUUAAUGAGAUAUCAUUUGAUAGUCGACAGUCCACUUGUGUGUAAUUUAAUAUCAGUCUAAAUCCAACUGUUCUUUGAACGCCUCAGACAUUUCUUCGAGAAUAUAAGUGAAACAACAGCAAAGACGUCCCUUCUGCAGUUUGUCAAAAGCUAUGUUGGGGACACAGAAACAGGAGGAAUCUGUUCUUUGUGGAGGACUGAGAACAAAGCCGUCAGUGAAAGAGUCAUAAAAAGGGCUUUUUGCCAUGUAACAAAACAUGUUGCAAAACUAACACAUCACCCUGAAAAAAAAACAUCCCAACAGUAAAACACGGUGGUGGAAAAAUCUUGCUGUGGGGAUGCUUUUCCUCAGCUGUGACAGAGCAGCUUGUCAGAGUUUUGGGACGAUAGAUGGCGCUAAAUCAAUCCUGGAAAAAACAUUUAUGCACUAUGUGUUGGUCUAUCACAUAAAAUGCACUAAAGUUUGUGGUUGUAACGUGACAAAGAGUGAAACAUCUGAAGUGGUACAAAAACCUUUGCAAGUUACUGCAUCCUAGGUAUCUUCUGUUAAUUAAGACCUUAAUUAAGGCUCACUGUUUGUUUUAAUAGCAGCACCAGUUGUUCAACUGACCUCAGAUUUACAUGGGAUCUGGGUUAGUUGAAUUCAAGGUUUUUUUUUUUGGCUUGCACUACUGACCUAGCACCACGGUUAAAAUUGUAAGAAACACUUUAUCCUUGAUCUAAUCUGCUGUAGCUACUUCCUUUUUUGGUAAAUCAGAUCAUUUUUCAGCUCUAGGUUUAGCUGUAAACAUUUUGUAUACUAAUUAUUUAAAAAGGUUGAGUUAAGACUAAACCUAUGAUUGUAUUAUAAGGAUAAUUUAUUACAAAACAUGAUGCAUGAAUAUCUUGGGGUAUAUUGUGGUUAAAAGCAGAUUCGUAUCCGUUUCAGGAGGAAGUUGAGACAGAAUAUGAGACUUACUUGCAUUUUUACAGUAUAUGCUGUAUCAAGGUGUACCCUGCUAUGCAAACAUCUAUUUCAGGGCUGAACUUCGACCGUCUGGCUCCACUGUUUGGCAGUGCAUGUUGUAUUGCAGGACAAUUAGAAGAGGCUUAUCCAAACUUUUCUCCAUCUUUUCUGCCUUUUUCCAUGCAUGACAUAAAGCACAAAACCCCUUGGGAGCUGCAGGCAGGCAUGCACACGCCUUAGUUUGGAUCACCGUUUGUGUCUAACAUGUUAUAAUGUUGGGCUGGGAUCAUUGUCAACUGCCUGUUGUUUUUCCAUUGCCUAUAUGACUGGAUUGGUGUACACAUACAACCUGAGCUUUUCACUCCAGCAGGUUUCCAUCUCUGCCAGCUUCUGUUGAAGUCGACAGUUUUUAUGAAAUUUGAUCAUUCAAACUGUUUUAACCAGAUAUUUACAUAAAUUGUAUAAAGAUACAAUUUUUUUUCCCAGUGUCCAACGUUUUUUUUUAUCAGAUUAAGGCUAUUAUUUCUAUCCGCUGAAGUCUAAAUUAAUGAGAGAGAUUUUCAGUUUUAUUUCUUUUAAAAUAUUCACUAAAGGUUUCUGCCUUCAAACUAUUUGAUGAAGAUUUAAAGGCUUUUACAGCAUCUGAUAGGUAAAUUCCCAAAAUGUGAGUUAAAUGGAUGCACACUUAUGUAUGUAUUUUAAGGCAAGACAUCAAAUACACUGCUUCCUUGUCCAUAAUUGAAAAUCACAGAAAUCUGGUAAGGGAGAGUCAUUAUCGACAAUUCCGACACAGCCGGAAAGACUGUUCAGCGAGGAAGGAACUAUUACUCCAAAUGCAACAAAAAAAAUACAGAUUAGUUUGCAAGUCUAAUUGAGGAAAACACCUUUAUUUUUGCUUAUCCUGUGGCCUGACAAAACUACAAUUACAGUGUUUGACCAUAAUGAUCAUUGUUACAUUUGGAGGAAAAAGGUGGAAACUUCCAAGCCUGAGAAGCAACUGCAAAGCAAAUCAUGUUGUGUCCAUGUUUUUCAGCAGGAUUGACAGGUGCACUUCACACAAUAGAUGGCAUCAUGAGGAAAGAAAAUUAUGCAACUUCUCAAGACAUUCAGCCAACCAGGAAGUCAACGCUUAGGCACCAAUAGGUCUUACAAAAGUAAAUCUAAAAAGAUUAUCUAAAACCUGUAGAAUAUUUGUGGACGGAGGUUAAAAGGUCUGUGUGUGACAAACACAGACUACAAACCGGACUUGGUUCUGUCAGGAGGAAUGGGCCAGAAUUCCAGCAAACUAUUGCGAGAAGCUUGCGGAAAAAUACUAAAAACAUUUGACCCAAGUCAUCUAGUUUAAAUGCAAAUAUAACAAAUACUAAGGAAAUGUAUGAAUUUAAUAUUUUGGCAUUUAGUCAUCAUAACUGACCUAAAAUAGGAAAGGUUCAGUCUGAUUAAACGUCAGACAGUGAAGAAAUGAAGGUCUUCUAUUUAUACAGUGUAUGAAAAUAUCUGGUUUCAACUGUGCCUAAGUUCUUCUAGGAUUUCACAUUUAUAGAGAAGUUUGGAGAUUAUAGUGACAUACAUCUAUUUUCAUUUUGAACUCAUUUGUGCACAUUUAGUCUUUUAUGGGGACAUAAGACUGUAGAUUUUUGUUAAAAAAAUGUCUGCAUUAUUAUAAUAUCAGAACAACCUCCUGCAUUUUGGGACAGUUGGAUGCACGACUUUGUGAAAAGGGUAUUUCAUCUAAUCCAGUCCCAGUGGAAAAGCACAACAUCAGAGGCUUUGUGUCCUGCCCAGACGUCUCUUGUCUCUCCUUUCUUUUUCCCCCCCGUUUGCUCUUGUUGUUGGAUUUGUCCUCC